AUGACAGCCAAGGAGACACUCUUGGCUCUUCAGCUCAGUUGUCGAGGCGAUGCUGCGCGCGAGUGCCUCGUCCGUGACUGGGUGAAGCUCGCAGACGAACGCAACGAGACGUCACUGUUUCAUCAGCUACCGAAAAGCCCGUCAGGAGCUGCGAUUGAUUGGCUGAAAUUGUACGAAGAAGUUGUGGCUCGUGGAGGCUUUACGCUUGUGUCGCAGCAUCAACAAUGGGCAGAGAUUCUCGGCCCUACUGGCUUGAACAUAAAGGGGCUACUGCCUUAUCAAUUAGCAGCUUAUUACGAGCGCUUUCUGCGUGCUUUGGAGGAAAAGCAGCUCUUUGGACGCGAUCUCCCGAGGAAUACGACGACGACGACGAGCGUACUGCCCGGCAAGCGACGAUCUUUUCAGCAACAGAGCAGUGUCAAUGACAUUAAUGACGACGACGAGGCUCCAAUUGCGACGAUGCAAGAUCUGCAGGAUGCUCAAGGCGGCAUGGGCGGGACUCCGCUGCCACGAGCGAACAAGAGGUUCAAGGCGCAGCGAGAGCUGCAGACACAUCUUGGCACGCUGCACAGUAUCGUGCUGGCUCUGGACUCUGAGAUUCCGGAACAGGUGAUGUCGGCGCUGAAUUUACUGACCAUUUUGUCAUUCGGAGGCGAGUCAGGCGGUGCUGGUGGGACGGUCUCCGCGGCCGUAGCGAAUGCAAACGCUACAGCCAAUGAAAACGAGUUGGUGGUGGACAACGUUCCGGGAUUGCUGGAUGCACUGUAUCGUCAAUUAGUGACGUGCAAACUGCUACCGGAUGAAAAAGAGGUGGAGCAGGACCUGGUGAUGCGAAGGAGAUUGCUGAACUUGACGGUUGGCGACGGCGAGCGUGAAUUGCUAGACUCGACAGCGUUGAUGGUACUGAACAUUCUGCGCAACUUGGCGGUCGUUGGCGCAAAUGAAAAGCCGAUUGCUGCGCACGAUGAGUUGUGCAUGUUCUACAUUAUGGCGUUGCGUUACGUAAACAAUAGCGACGCGCGAAAUUGCCGUAGUGGACGAUCCCGUGCAGCUGUGGAGAUUGGCGACCAUGUCUUGGAUACAUUGUGCGCCAUUGCAAAGCGUAUUGACUUUCUUGCUUUGCAUCCACCCGCUACGCUUGAGAUUUGGCACCCGCAGUACCAGUUGAGUUCGCAGCUGUGGAAAAAAGAACGCAUUCUUCCGCUCGAGUGUCUGCUUCGCGAGCUACGUCGCAUUCUGGUCGACCGCGAUCUGAAGCAGCAGCGUCGGUCAGUAGUGCUCCGUGCGUGCGAACUGCUUACCAACGUGUGCCGCGACGUAGCCAUCAAGAAAUACCUGUCCGCGAGUCAAGCUCUCCAAGAUCCUGCGUUACUCGAUCGCGUGGUAGCAUUGCUGGGGUGCUCGAGGCACGAGUUUCUCCCCCGUGGGUCGAAGCAUCAAAAACAACAGCUGCAGCAAGCUCACGCGUUUCCGACGGAAGCAGACUACGACAUGGAUGCUGAAGACUCUGACGACGGUGACUCUGACGAGACUGACAGGGACGACAACAGCAGGUGGCCGGCGCCAUGGGAGAACGACGGGCUGCCGUCGGGUAUUGGCAUGGGCAUCGUACACGUGAGUCCAGAGGGUGUUCGGAACACUUCGUCAUCGUCUCACGUCAGUGGUGCCCACGCGGCACAAUCGAUGGCGUUUGGCGACGAUCAGCUCGAUCACGAAAUGCGUGAUGCUGCGUUAGAAGUGCUUUUUCGCUUUUCUGACCAUGACGACGCUACGAAGCUUCGAAUGGCACAGCACCGGAUGUGUAUGCGGCGACUUGCAGGUUCGCUUCUGUCGUGUAUCGGAAGGCCAGAAGCCGCUCGGAUCACAGUCGCCACGCUGUGCAACAUCUCGAUGAAUCGCGCGACGUUUCCGUACUUCCUCCCAAUCGAGAAGGACUUGAUCCUUGUCGCGUGUUCCGACGUCAGUGUCUCGGACAUUCUCAAUAACGUCGUGGCCGACGUCUACGGCAUGCACUCUCUGUAG